UUGAGCGUUCAGACCAAAUGACACAUUUUAAUAACCAAAAGAACAUGUAGUACUUUCUGCGUGUAUAUUUAUUUAAUUAUUUGUCUAUUUAUUUAUUUGCUUGCAUUUAUUUCUUAUGUGAAUAGACUCUAGUGUCCACUAGGAGGCUUGAAUAACAAGGUAUUUGUCUGGACGCAACAUUUAUGGAGUAAACUGUAAAAUAUAGAUAAAACGAUGCUUUAAAAGAACACGAAUCGUUGCUGUCUGAAAAAUCGGCGUUUGAUGGGUGAGACUGGGGUCGAUAUGCUCAUAUAAACUUUGCAAACUUCUGUAAAAAUGACGGAAAAACAAACCAACACUUGGACGAGCUAAGCUAACGUUAAGCUAAGCUAAGACAGGUUCGGGUUGGCCGUAUUAUUUCGUCUGGCCAUUUGUGUUUCUAUUUACAAAAAAUUAAAAUAAUAAUUAUACUUCAAUAGAUUAUUUUGUGCGUUUUAAACAGGGUAUCGCGAGUGAAAGGGAGUGGCCAAGCGGUUUUCUUUUAAUCAUAAACAGUCCGUUAGCCGCCAUUAGCAUUUUAGCUAGGCUCCGUGCUGCGUGCUAAAAAAUAAAUAAUCCAAACGUUGUCAGGAGCAUCAAAAAAAUCGCUUGUUAUCGAGUUAAGAUGCGCUUAUAGCACAUAUUUUCCCGUUUUAGUUAUAUAUUAUCAAUUACAUAUGGAGUUGGCAAACAUAAGCGCUGAUAGUGUCAGUUUUGGUGGGGGUGAUGGAACAGAUUUGGGGUGCGCCUCAAAACCCAGUGAGCUCUCUACCAAGACAGCAUUUUGGGCGACAAGGGCGUGUUCGAAGUUUCGAACCUAGUGAGCUAAGUUACCUAUCUAGACUGCAUUGUAGGCCAUAAUCAGUGAUGUUAUCAACAGAAUGUUAUUAAAACUUUUGAACACUCACGAUUCCCCAGUGUGCUGUCUAGGUAGGCAAUUUCUGACUUUUUGAUACACACCCUUAGACAUCGGUCUAGUCUGCAGCAGUAAGCAGCACCAAAACGCCUUAUUUUCUUUUUUUUAAUGUACACAUCGCACUUUUUUCCCCUCAUAUUUUCUGAGAUACCCAAGAGGAAACACAUUUGAAAAGGUGGAUAUUUAGAUUAUCAACGAUCAACAGUCACCUCUCUUUCGGCCAAUCUAGUGUGCAUCUAUGAACUCCAAACCGCCCACUUCUGCUGUCGGUAGCCCUGUCAGCUCCGUAGAUUCGCCACUGUCAGUCGUCAGCUCGUCCAUCGGCUCUCCUGGCGUUCCAGGCACGCCAUCCAUUGGCUAUGGACCCAUCAGCUACUCUCAGAUAAACUCGUCAAUGUCUGUGUCUGGGUUACAUGCUGUCAGCAGCUCUGAUGAUGUGAAACCCCCUUUUGGCUUGAAGUCUGUCAGUGGCUCUGGGCCAAUGCUGUCCCAGAAACGCAUGUGCGCCAUUUGUGGUGACCGUUCCUCUGGGAAGCAUUAUGGUGUGUACAGCUGCGAAGGCUGUAAGGGUUUCUUCAAGCGCACAGUCAGGAAGGACCUGAGCUAUACCUGCAGGGACAACAAGGAGUGUCUGGUCGAUAAACGACAGCGCAAUCGCUGCCAGUACUGCCGCUAUCAGAAGUGCCUGGCCAUGGGAAUGAAAAGAGAGGCUGUUCAGGAAGAGCGUCAAAAGAAUAGGGAACGGGAUGGAGACUAUGAAUGCAGCAGUUCGGCCAAUGAGGAGAUGCCUGUGGAGAAGAUACUGGAGGCUGAGACAGCUGUAGAGCAUAGAUCAGACUUGCACUCUGAUGCCACUGGUUCACCCAAUGAUCCAGUCACUAACAUCUGCCAGGCUGCAGACAAACAGCUGUUCACUCUGGUGGAGUGGGCCAAGAGAAUCCCUCACUUCUCUGAGCUGCCCCUGGAUGACCAAGUCAUUCUGCUUAGGGCUGGAUGGAAUGAGCUCUUGAUCGCUGCCUUCUCUCAUCACUCCAUCAGCGUGAAGGAUGAGAUUCUGUUGGCCACAGGUCUACAUGUGCCCACAGACAGCACUCACAACUUAGGCGUAGAGGCCUUUUUUGACAGGGAAAGUGCACACAGUGCAGAGGUGGGAGCCUUAUUUGACAGGGUGCUGACUGAACUGGUCUAUAAGAUGCGUGAUAUGCAAAUGGACAAAACUGAACUUGGUUGUCUGCGUGCCAUAGUUCUAUUUAACCCAGAUGCCAAAGGUCUGACUACCAGUGGUGAGGUGGAGCUUCUCAGAGAGAAAGUGUAUGCAUCCCUGGAGACCUACUGCAAACAAAAAUACCCAGAUCAGCAGGGGAGGUUUGCCAAGCUUCUCCUCCGACUUCCUGCAUUGCGUUCCAUUGGCCUUAAGUGUCUGGAGCACCUUUUCUUUUUUAAACUGAUUGGAGACACCCCCAUUGACACUUUCCUAAUGGAGAUGCUUGAGUCGCCCCACUAGCUGCGGCAGAGGACAAAUGGGAGACGGGGGUUUUCUACCCUAGGUCCUGGAGAUAACUGUGACUGCACUUUUUCUUCCCAGGGGAAUUACAACAAUUGGUCAGCCUCUGGUCUGUAUUUUCUUUUUUACUUUUCUUUUUCUCUUGACUAUCUCUUAAGUGCACCAUAGAGUCUAGAGACCCAAAACUUGCCAUGAAAAAUUGUUGGUGCUACAUUUCAACAGUAAGCUAAUUAUUUUUAUAUAUAUAUAUAUAUAUAUAUAUAUAUAUAUAUAUAUAUAUAUAUAUCAAGUUUAAAACUAAUGUUUUUAAGUAUGGAUGCUCCAGUUACCUGACUGGUUUAGAAAAGUGGGGUUUACAUUUUGAUAGAACCAUUUGAGGAUUUUAAAACACUGUGGAUGAUAAGCUUUAAUCGUAUGUAAGUGUGCUUCACCAUCUCUUAAGUUUGGGUGCUUUUUUCCUGUACGGCUAAUUUAUUUUGCCACGACCUGUAAGGACUGGUCAAGUGGGUAGAUAGAUGAAUGAAUUCAUCGGGUAUUAUAGGUUUAAAUUGACAUUUACUUUGCUAGUGUGAGAAAUCUGGCAAAUAAAUCUAUAUGCAAUGAAGCUUGAAAUUAUGCAAAACUAAAAAAGGCUUAGAUGUUUAAUCUCCAAAAAAGCAAUUUAUGUGAUAUUGUGCAAUUUUAAGCCUAAAUCCAGAGGUGGAGGUGAGGGAAAUGCAAGCACUCUUUUUAUAAUUUCACGCACUCAUUUUAUUAUUAUCCCAUCAUGAGUGCCUAACUGACAUAUGCUUGAUAUGUUUUUUUAUUUUUAUUUAAUGUUUGAAAGAGGAAAGGACACACAAAAAGAUACAUUUCUGUUCAUGUCAUCAGCAGUCAUCGUACGAAGCAGGACGAUUUUCUUUCACUUUCUUUUAGUUUCGCCUGAAGUGUCCCAGGCUGAAAUAGUCUUAAACCUGCAUUGGUUUUACUAGUUAACUGUCAGUUAAUACACUCUCUUCUCUUAUCACAUAUCAGGUAACUGUGUAAGAGUGAUUGCACUACACACACAAAAAUGUCAUUCCUUUUUUUUUUUUUUUUUUUUUUUUUGAUUAGUGUCUUUUUUUCUUUUUUUUUUAUAUUACUUUUGGUGCUUCGGAAUUGACAUUUGAUAGAACAGCCCUAAAAAGUGCACAUGUAAAACUGUAAAAAGGAAAAGUACAGCUGUCUUCAGCUUUAUAGAGAAACUAAAUCUGAGCAGUAUGAAAGUCCAUUGGUGUGGACUUGCUGUUUGUAUUUGGAAAACCUUCCGACUUGAAAUUUCUACAAUUAAUUUCUUCUAGUACUGUGCAGACCCUAUUGUUCAGGGACAUUGUGUAGCUAUUGUGUAGAUAUAGACAGGCUAAGAAUCAAUAUAUAUUCUCUUGCUUUUCACUUUCUUUAGUUUGUAGUUGGCAUACAACUUGCAGUAAAGACAUCGUUUGCACUGGAUUUCACCAUGAAUCCUAGACUUUGGAUUUUGUCUUUUAUUUUCUUUCUGUGAUCUGACCUUAUUCGCUUUUCUUUUUGACCUACCAUUGAGAUUUUUAUUUUUGCCUUUCCAUGGCAUCUUUCUGUCCUUGCUGAAAAAGUUAUGGGGACAAAUGCAAGCUCACUUUUGCCAUAGAUAUAUCUAACAAACAAACAAUAAACACAAGGUUGUUUUUGUAUGGUCUUGUACAACCAACAUCUUUACUGCAUUAGGCAUGUUACAUGUCUGUCGUUGCACUAAAAUUGUCAUACAAUUAUGAUUGUAAUGAGAUUCCAUCAGUUUCGAUGUUGUCACAGCUCAUUUUAGAGGAGCUCUGUGACACUACAAAAGAACCAUCUGCUGUACAUGACCCUAAAUAAAGGUGGUGAUAUGUCUAACA